GGGCCAGUUGUUCGAAAGGCUGUUAAAUUUAACGGUCCGUUAUAUCUGAUAACGAAUCAUUAAAUUUAAUCGUUAUGUUAAAUUCUGUUGCUCAAACUUAACGGAUGAAUUUAACGUUAGUUUUAACAGAAGAUUCUCCUGUUAAACUAAUCAAGCUUUGGAGCUCCGUUAAAAUUUAACAGAGCUUUCCAAGAUGGCUGCCGCUUUGUUUGUCAAUGUGCGAAAGCAACGUGAAUAUAGGCACACGACCCACGUACAGAACCUAAACGACAAUGAAAUGUUGGAGAGGUACCGCUUUUCAAAUAAUGGCAUAAAUUAUCUUGAAAAUUUACUGUUAGAUGACCUCAAGAGGCCCACACAUCGUAGUUGUGCUUUGUCACCUAAGCAACAAAUUUUAAUUGCAUUGAGAUUUUUUGCAACUGGUUCUAUGUACCAAGUAAUAGGAGAUACUAUGGGCUUCAACAAAGGGACCGUCAGUCGGGCAGUAGAUAGUGUGACCAAUGCUUUAUUGGGCCACUUUAAAGAUUUUGUAUCAUGGCCCACUCCAGAUGAAAAGAAAAAGAUUUCUACUGGAUUUUACCAGCUCGCUGGUUUCCCAAACGUGAUAGGUUGUAUCGACGGAACACACGUAAGGAUACAGGCUCCUGCUGGCGAUGAAGCUUCCUACGUCAACAGAAAAGGAUUUCAUAGUAUUUCAGUCCAAGCAGUUUGUGAUGACAAAGGAAGAUUCACCAGUGUAAAUGCGAGUUGGCCGGGAUCGUGUCAUGACAGUCAUAUCUUUAGGACGUCUGGAUUAUGCCAUAAGCUAGAACGGGAAAACAAGGCGUUUUCUGAUGGUGUAUUACUAGGCGACAGUGGGUAUGCAUGCAGACCCUUUUUAAUGACCCCAUUUCUUGUGACAGACACGGAAGGCAAAGUACGUUACCAGCAAAGUCACACAAGGACACGUGUCACAAUAGAAAGAGCU